UUGAGGUAAUUUUGAGUCUCUUUGUAGUUGCUUUAAGUCUAUUUUUGGUCGUAUUUCCACUGAGUGUCUCUUUGAAGACUUUUUGCAUCACUUUGUAGUUGUUUUAGGCCUUUUGUGGUUGUAUUAUUCUUCUUUGUGGUCAUUUUGAGUCUCCUCCUGUUUGGUCCUUGUGUCUUUGAGUGACACAUGUACCAGCAUAUAACUUGUGCUUAUAUCUUGUUGUCUUUCAUUUGAUGUUGCACAAGCCCACAACAAGAUGCCUUGUCCUCAGCAUGUACAGUCAGUGCAAUCCUAAUCAACAUAUUUCUGCUUUCUCUCUUGUGUAUCCACUAUUAAGUUAGAAGCCUUGUAUGACACACAGCAGAGACCCCUCCCCCGCUCACUAUGGCGUCCCUGGAGGAAGAGCUGACCUGCUCCGUGUGCCGAGACAUCUUCAGCCAGGCCCACCCUCUGCCCUGCGGCCACAGCUUCUGCCAGGCCUGCAUCCGCGAGGCCUGGAGCGGCCAGAGCGACGGCAAAAGCCGCUUCGCCUGCCCCCAGUGUCAGGAGGAGCACGGCGAGGUGCUGUGUGACUGCUGCCCCCCCGACGCAGCAGAAGAACAGCCUCCGUUGGCUGUCAAGACCUGUCUGAGGUGUGAGAUCUCACUGUGUGCCCAACACCUCAAACCCCAUCUGGAGAGACCGGCGUUUAGCACCCACCUGUUGGUGGAUCCGCUGGGAGACAUCUCUCAGAGAAGGUGCCCGACUCACACGGAGAUAUUGCGCUACUACUGUGUGGAUGAGAGGGUGUAUGUGUGUGGUGACUGUCUGCUGGACGGAGGCCACGCUGAUCACAAAGUAAAGGCUCUGAGACAGGUGGAGGAGGACCUGAAGGUCAUUCUCCACAGUCUGCUCAUCAAAGCAAAGGAGAAGCUGAAAGACGGAGAACGGAUCCUCAAAGACCAUGAGAGUAUUGAUUCAACCAUGGCUGACUCUCUGAAGCAGGAUAACAGCCAGGUGGAGCGUCUGGGCUCAGACCUGCAGGUCCAGGUGAAAAACCUGGUGGAUGCUCUGAGGGAGCUCACCCAGAGGGAGAGGCAGCAGGUCAUACAGCGCGUACACGAAGACUGCUUCAAGGUGAGAGGCGACAUGACCAAGAUGCUGAGCAUUCAGCACUACCUGGCCUCGCUGCUGGCAGAGACCGACCCCUUCCUGCUUAUCUGGGCCUUUCAAUCAGAUGACACAAAGUUACUAGCCGACCUGAACAGCCCGCUUUUUGUUCCUGAUGCUGUCAGUCUGGACAGGAAACACAUCUUAGAGGACAUAGAGAGCAAAUACCGGGAGUUCAUCACCGGCACCCUCCGCUGCCUCAGUGAACUCAAGAGGGAGCUCUUAACCAGCCCGUUGACUCUGGACACCAACACGGCUCAUCCUCUGCUGAGCAUCUCUGACGACCUGCGCUCGGUGACGCGGGUUAGAAACCGGCUGCCCUGCGCCGCUCACCCUGAACGCUUCGACCACUGGCCGCAGGUCCUCGCCGCCCAGAGCUUCUCCUCUGGGACGCACUACUGGGAGCUGCUGGCUGAGGGAUUCUGGGAUAUCGGCGUCUGCUAUCGAAGUAUUGGACGGAAGGGGAAAGAGGGCAAUGCCUUCGGGAACAACAAGGUCUCGUGGAGUUUGACACAGCAGCACGACAGGAAGUUGGCUGCCUGGCACAACCGCAGGAAGACCCGCCUCAUGUCCCAGAUGACCGGCAAUCGAGUUGCCGUUGCCGUGGACUACGGCGCGGGCACCAUCACCUUCUCUGAGGUGGGGCCGUCCAACAACCUGACCCACCUCCACACCAUCUCCGCCACCUUCACUCAGCCACUGUGCUUGGGCUUCGGACUCUACAAAGCUGAGCUCAACAGCAGCAUCACUAUAGUCAAAGUCUGAGUGAAAGGAAAGGAAAGGAAAGAGUCGGAGGACGGAGGAAAUAACGGGACAAAGUGGUGUUGAUUUACUUCCACACUUCUGGAAAGACACGAGAGCUUUGAGCCUCUCUGAUGUUUCAAAAAAAGAGACAAAACCACGUUUCCUUACACUGUGAUCAGGUGGUAUUAAGGCAGGGUCUUUUUUCUCCCCUGAUAAAAGCCUGGUUGCUGAUUGGAUAG